AUGGACGAGGAUGUCCUCCCGCACCCGCCGCGCGGGGUCCUCCUCUCCGCGGUGUGUGACAGUAACAACGUCGCUUCCUAUCGGGACUACUUCGAGGACGUCUCGAAAUGCGUGCCGUACUCCUCGUCGUCGUCUUAUUCCGUGUCAAAGUCGGGAGAUUCGUGGGAAAGCGACGAGGAGGAGGAAAAGGACGACGACGGAGUGUUCUUGCGGAUAACCAAAGCACACGAGCAGCAAAACAACAACAGAAACGAGAAACCUGCCGUCCAAGUUUCGUUUAUAAACAUUCACGACGUGAUCGACGCAAACUCGCCGAACGAGUACGCGCAAACCGCGCAAAGAAUCGAACGGGUAAAAGCGAGAUGUAAAGAGAAAAGGAUUGGGUUGGUGUUUUGCACGGUGAGUCCAACGAGAGAAGAGGAGGAGAAAAAUGAUCGCGAGAAUAAAGAAGACGUGACGUACGCAUUGGAGGAGAGAGUUUUACAGGUUUUGAAAAGGUUGUGUGGCGUGGAAACGAGGAUUGUUGCGUUGACGCGCGUCGGGAGCGACUCGCGGGAGAAGUGCUUGAAAGCGUUGGCGCGAGCGACGGAGGAGGUGAAGCAGGAGGUGCUCGUGAACGAAGGGAAACGGGCGAUUGGGAAAUGCGACGACGUUUUGAACGCGUUUGAGAGGGAGGUUUUGGAAAGUGGUGUCGCGGUUUUGGAGGAACGCGAAGUACGUUUGGCGAGAUUGGAGGCGCGGUGUAAAGCGAGUAGGUAUUUGUUUAAAGCGGCGAGUUACGCGGAGUUUAGAGGCGACAGUGAAGCCGCGAUGAACGCGUUGGGUGAGUGUUACGCGAGCUUGAUGGCGUACGUUGAUGAAGCGAUGCCGGAAGUACUUCGCGGUAGUUUCGAAGAAAAUAAUAAUACUCAAUCGAGACGAUUGUGGAGAGUGUGCGAGACGCUGAGAGUGUUGACGUAUUGCAGAUCGAGAAUGUCCUCGACGCAAUUGAGCCAAAUUUUGAAGACUAUGGAUACGAGCGCGAAUAGCGAGGUGAAUAAAGCGAUCCAAGAAUUGGCGAGAGUGGAGAAGGAACACGCUUGUUUCGUUAAGAGGUGCUUGUCGAUGAGAAGAAAGAAUUCUUUUUUACUGAAAGCGUACGACGACGACGCCCCUCUCGGCUUGAAAUGUUUCGCGGCGUAUUUCUUAUCUUUGCGCGCGAAAGCGGAUAAAUCGUUUGCAGACGUGCUCGCACACACGAUGCACGCGAAUCCGAACGUGUACGACGCAAUCUUCAACGACAAUACGCAGUUUCAACGCACCGCCGCGACGAAAUCGACGAGCUUUGAUUUGAGAUUAGAUCCAGGAUUUUAUUACCAAAGCGCGUUCGAAGCGCUCUCUUCGCGAAGAGAGUUUAUGCAAUCGUCAGGGUUAGGAAAGGAUCCGUCCGUAUCCGCAACAACAAACGCCUCCAUACUCACGCGAGGACGCUAUUUGGGAACUUUCGAUCUCAAAAACGAAACGGUCACGGGUGCAAAUCAAAGCAACAUAGAAAAUCACGGCAGAAACGCGCAAAUCCCUUCUUCGAUUGAGCUACGGCGCGCGUACGCGCGCUUUGAAAACACUUUCUCGCCUCUCGAAAUGCUGGAAAAAGCGAAAGCAUAUUACGAAGGAAAUCCAAGGUAUAAGGCGUUCCAUCGUUCAUUAAACGCUAUUUCGAGCGAUUACGCGUUAGAACUUUUCUACGCGAACAACACGGCGACGAACAAGGAAAAGGUUUUGCACAUAUUGACUGCGUGCGCGGAAACCUAUCGGAAAGAAGGAUGGGAGGAUUUACUCGAGGAAACUCUGGAGCGCACUUUGCUGUGUCUCGGAGGAGGAGGAAAUGAAGCUGGAGAGAGCGCGUUAAAACAUCGCAUGGAUGUUUUAUUAGAGCUACACGGUAUUCAAUAUCGCGAAUCCGAAGGAAAGACGCGCGCUUCUCGUUUACUCGCAGACGGUGCGACGAAAACAAAAUCUUUGCCCGUUGUGUUUGAGGUAUCGCGCAAAUCCUUAGCUUCUCGCGCACUCAAAGUGUCUUGUAGUUUUGGCCACGAUGUGGCACGUAACGAUUCCGUUCGCGCGGGCGAUUGCGUCACGUUAGCCGUUCGAUAUGCUCUUCAAGGCUUAGUUGACCACGACAUGUUUUCGGUGGUAAAACUUGAAGCGCACUUUUCCGAUGGAACGAAGGCUUCGACAACAACUGCGAGUAAAGACGAAAAGGACGUCGUAAAUAUUCCGUUAACUGUGCAAUCGAAAACGCAAAGCGACUUUGUCUUGGAAGUUGACGCAUUGGAUGUACUUACGAAAUCUGGCUUCACUUUUCGAUUCCCGAAAGCUUCUUUCGAAACGCUCAAACUCCUCGGGCACACAAAAUCUGUUUCCGUGAAAAAACUCGCCCCUCGCGCAGAAUUAAAGAUCAUGGAUGGAGAAAAUGAUAGCAACGAAACGACCAUUUUGUUUGGCGAAAAGAAGACACUGGCUGUUGUCGUCACCGCGGUGGAUGGACUCGCAGACGCCAUCGUAAAUCUUUCCAUCGACGAAAGUUUGCGAGAGAUUUCCCUUGGAAGUGAAGACGACGGCGGCGAGAAGAAAGGCGAAGUCAUCGCGAGCUUUGAAAACCCACGAAUAGUUGUCGGCUCGCUCUCCAAAGGCGAAUCAAAACGCGUGAACGUGACCGCGACGUUCUUCUCGAAUCGCACGAACACCGCUAACGACAAAAAACAGAACAGGAAGAAAUCUCGAGCGACAGUUUCAGCACACUUAACCUGUAACUUUGGUUCCCCGGGAGACGGAGAGGUAGAAGUAUCUCCAUCUAGACAUCGCGUCGUGGCAGCGGAAACUUCAAAAACAUUCGCGUUCACAGAUGCGCUCGAAGUUUUAGAUUCUGCAAUCUAUGCGCCGUGUGGCACGUCGCCGGUUUCCAUACUCAUCGCAAAAGACGAUGUAGAAGACGACUUCGCUACGAAGAAGAUUGACUUGAAAGCACAAAAUAGAUCACUCCUGGACGAAGGUGACGUGCGCUUGACGAACAUUCGCGCCAAGACGACAGGUUUGGUCGUCGUGGACGAUGCAAUCACCACGCGAUUAAAGCCAGGAGACGUGUAUACGCACGUCGCGACGAAAGAAUACGUAACGAGCGUUUCGUGGUAUCGCAAGGAGGGGACGCAAACAACGACACAAAAGACACAGUCGUCUUUGUCUAUCGAUGAUGACGAGCUCAUCGACGGUCGUCGAAUAGAAAUCAUGAAUAUUUCUGCUCGAGUGCCUGAAUACAUCCAAGUCGGCGUCGCGUUCGAGUUCGUCGUCGAGAUGAAAAAUCUCGACCUCGACGUACCUCGCGAUUUCGUCGUUUCGGUCAAAGACGCGCCUGGUUUUGUCAUGGCUGGUGAAUCAAAAACUACGAAAACGGCAAACCCGGGCGAGAGUUGUUUCUUGCGUUUGAAAAUAGUCGCUGUCGCGAGCGGGGAGAGAUUCUUACCUUCAGUGUCAGUCGCGUGUCCAAAAUUAGCCGCGACUUGGACGAACACUCAACAACAAAGCGUGCUUGUUUUACCAGUAGCGCUGUAA